UUUUGCCCCCGCCGCAGUCGCUCUUUGUCGGAGCGCCAACGGUGGCAGCGCUACGCGUUGUCACAGCAGACAGUCUUUCUCUCACGCUAUUUUGGGGACCGGUUAACGUUACAAGGGAGAAACGAUAAAACAUUUUUCUUCACGACGACGGGGGUUGGCGCCGUGCGACGACCUCGCAGUUGCUGAGGCGACGCUGCUUUAUUGAGAACUGGAACAACACGACAAGGUGACGGUCGGCGUUCAUCCUCAUUGCUGCACACUUUUCAUCUUGCAUUUCACAUCCUGUGUCGGCUCAUUUUGUUUCUAACUGUGGACUCCCAACCACCCGUAUUAUUUCGGCCAUGCACAGUAAAAAAGGCCUCUUUUGUCUUUAGGCAAGAAAAGAAGGAUUACGUGCUAAGGAGCAACAUGCAAAACACAGCCUCGUAUGACGUUCGAGUGCACAUGCACUGAUGCUGCGAGAUACACCCACCUCUGCUGAUCUCUCUCCGGGGUGUAAAUAGACAGACACACUGUGCUCAUGCAGCGACUCUCGGGAAGAGAGGCUUCCUGGUGCAACAGCAAAAUGCAUACGUCGCUCCCGCGCCCUCCCCGGAUAUUGGUUCCCCUCGGCGCGCGGAGGCGCAGUGGGCGGAUAUACGACGUGUCACCUCCACGUCAACGGCCAUUCGACGAUUAUAUUGUAACAGCUGUUGAGUAUUGUGAUGGCCCAGGUCAACUCCACACUACCUAUUCCAUCUGGGAGCCUCUUGAACCGGCAUCGUCGAUAGUCAUAACCAAGUAUGUCGAUCUGGAGGAUCUUCUACCCACUUGUCCUAACAGAAACGUCGCACAGCUGAAGGCUUUGUUUGAAUUGAAUUCUACAUUGGACCUUGGAGACUAAUGGAGAAGAGCAGCAGGCUCGACGCGGUUGCGGUUUCACCCCUGAUGAUGAGGCGAAGGAAGCGGGGCAGACUUGGAUUCAGGAGAAGCUGAAGGACCGAUGAAGUUAGUGGAUCAGUACGAGAAGUGCAUCGACCUGCAGGGUGAAUAUGUGGAGAUGUGAUAAUAAAGUGUAAGUUACCUUUACUUUUUGAUUCUCCCUCACAUUAUGUGGCCUAACACUUUAAUCUAAUGGACAUCAUGAAAGGCAUAUUAAUCACUUGUGACAGUUCAGUGCCAUCCAACCAUUUUUUUAAGUGGUGCUUUUUCUAGGGUAUUGACAACAUGCAUAAUGCAGAAGAAAAUUGAAAACACCAGAACAGUCCUGGGAGAAGCCCACGAGGCAUGGAGAGAACAUGCAAACUCUACCCAGUAGUCCCAGCUGGGAAUCAUGCCAAGGAGCAGGUGUAACCCCGUGGCAGCUCUAUCCUCCAAGCCAGCCACGACUUAACUCCCCAAACAGAAAUAUAGCUAAUCCUGCUGGGAAGAUGGGCACAACCUCGGCUUCAGGUGACUUGAACACAGACAUGUGUCCGGGUGAGUAAACACAGCUUUACGUGCACUUGAAAGAUAAGACUGGCAGCUUACCAGGUCAGGCGGACUCAUUAGGCAGCAUUAAAGAUCGGAGAGCAGAUGGGAUCGGCAGGUGACGUCAGAGGGCGUCCCGCGAGGCUCUGUCCUGCAGAGAUCACAUUCCUGAGCUGGCCGUGGGAGAGCCCAGCAUUCCAUCUCUGAGAUCUUUCUGCUGAGGGGCAAACUGCUGUGAUGGCUGCGCCACAAGUCCGAGUGGAGGGUUUCACAGAUGCCAGCCCUGGAGAUCUGCUUGAAUUCGACUUUGGGCCUCUGUCUCACUGGGGAGUCUACUUAGGCAAUGGAGAAGUUGUCCACUUUUCAUGGCCAGAGAGCACCAUGGCCUGGUUGAGGGACAAUGCGCCUUUCAUGGUCCUUUUUACAGAAACUAUGAUCCGGCGGCAGAGGGUCAGUUCAGUCGUCGGGUUUUCCAAAGUCUAUACAAACCGCUCCUAUGACCUCAUGCUGGACGCUCUAACUCAAGAUGAAAUUCUGUACCGAUGUCUGAUAUUCGUUGACCGGACGCUUCCAUACCACAUACUGAAAUUCAACUGUGAACAUUUUGCCACAUUUGUCAGAUAUGGAAAAGCUCGCUCGCAACAGGUCUCAGAGUUUGACUGCCUGCACUUGUUAUCUUAUAAUCCCACUGCGGACUUCAAGGCGGCCUACAGGGAGGCAUUAAGAGACUUCCACGACGAGGGGCCGCAGGAGCGCCCCCAAGAGAAUCGCCUUUGCAAAGGCUGCACCAUCUAGCUUGCUGGGGAGAGAGAAACAGAAAGAGAGAGAGAUGUUAAAAAACAAAACCAGCAGAAAAAUAAGUUUUAUACUGCUUUAUACAUUUUUUUACACACACAGUAUUCUAGUAUCUUUUUGUCUUUCCUUUGCUGAAAACACUAAUUCUUGAUUGCUAAGUUAGAAAACCAAAACUUAACAUGCCAUCCAACUUUCAGAUUCCUUUAUUUUCCUUAAAUGGGCACAUUUUCAAAUUUCUCAGGGCUUUUCUCAUUUGAAAUCCUUGAAAAUAAGCAAAUUGGAAACUAAACAUGAAGUUGGGGUCUGCUCUGUUAAUCUACCAGCUGGUAAAGGCCUCAGUAAAACACUGAAAUUAAGACUACAGCCUCCUAUGGCUUUACAGGAGAUGUGACGAUGAUAUCAGCUUCAGAGAUGGGGGCUCCUCUCCGCUGCAGGCUGUUUGCUUCAGAUGCUGGCCUGGCCACUGUCUGUGCAUCACAGGAAAAUUAAUGGAAGGACUUAUUAAGGAUAAGAUUGAGCAGCACAUGGCAAGGACAGGAGUUAU